AUGCUGCUAGCUGAGGCAUUAGCCGAGCGAGCCAAGGCACAGCGCCGAUAUGAGCAGCUGAUGCAGCGGCUCCUGCGAGUCGUGCGAGUACAAGAGGGCAACCAACCAGUAGAGGAACCAAACGAGCUCCUCGUCUCCGCCAAUGGCAUUCUAGAUCGAAUGGACUGGCUCAUCUGA